AUAAAUUAUCUUUCGGAAUUACAGUAAUGGUUUCCUGUUGGUAAGGCCAGAGGCACACAAGCGAAGGCGAAUUGAAAUAUCGAGCGGUAAAUUAUAGAUGGAAUGUCAGAAUACGAAAAUACUAUGAGGCAAGACAUAACGACAACAUGUACAAUUUUCCAAACGAAGCUGGUCGACCGGUCUCUGUUGCUUCGCCGAGCAGUGCAAGAGGCAAAUUGAAGAGAGAAAGCGGUUACUAUGCAGAAAGUUGGUCGUCUUCACCUUUGACAAGAGAGACACUCAAGCGAAAUGCGGAAGAAGGCAACAAGAGAGAGGAGCAAUACGUUGCGUGGGUGAAUUCACAGCUUAAGAAAAGAGCUGGGAACCGUUGUGUUCGUGAAAUCCCACGGGAUACAAGAGAUGGUGUCGCUUUGGUUCAGCUUGUGGAAGUGCUGGCUGGUGAAGCUCUGAAGUUUGAUGACUCUCCAACAACAUAUGCAGCUAAAAAAGAGAAUGUAGACCAGGUCUUGCAAUUCAUGGCCUCCCAGAGAAUCAAAAUGAGACAGAUCUCAUCAAAAGAAAUUGUGGAUGGGAACUUAAAAGCCACAAUGAGGCUUGUACUUGCCCUGGCAGCCCACUUCAAACCUGGAAGUGUGAAGCCAAAUUCACAUCAGGGUGGCUCUCCUUCACAUACCAAGCUCACUCGCAGUCCAUCUGCUGCAGCGGCUGCUGCUGAGGCUGCUGCUGCUAUUGGUGAAGCCAGCAGGAAGGCUGCAAGUGCUGGUCGUCAAAUACACAUGCCAUUCAGGCUCAGAAAAACUCCAAAGAACUUGCCUGUAACACCAAAGACAGAGCGGCCUCCUAUUGAUGCUAGUCCAGGAAGCAGCCCUUUACUUUCUGCAUCACCCCUUAAUACACCAUUAAACAGAACUCCUGUUCGCAAGAUAAGUAGGCCAUCAAGUGCAGAAUCUAGACAUGACAAAGACAAUGGGUCAGAUGGCUCCAAUGUUAGCAGUGGUGCUACCACACCCAGACUACAACACAGAGACCUUGCAGCACUUCAGUCCAUGUCUGAUUCUGAGUCGAUUUUAUCAAAGGAUCUGUCAAGAAAUAGUCAUUCCAGUACCUUUCCAAAUUUAGAGUUUCUGCAAGAAGUAACUGAAGGGUUGGAAAACAUGGAAGAUGAAACAAACACUGUAAAGGAAACUCUGUUACAUCUGCAGAACUUGUUGCUGGAUGGCAGAGUGGAGGAGGAUGAGAUUCCUGAAGAGUACUGUGGCCUUGAGGGUUCAACAGUGCAAGAGCAACUGACGAUUGUGAGCAGUCGACUUGAUCAAAGAGAAGCUGAAUAUGACAGCCUAAAAACAGAACUUAACAAGUCUAAAGAAGAGUGUAUUAACUUACAAGGUAUUAAGUCAGGACUGCAGUCAAGACUCAACCAGCAGGAACAAAGCAUAAUGCAGCUACAGUCAGAUUCUUUAAAGCAUGAAUUAGCACAGCAGAAACACGAGUCAGAUGUAGCACAGUUAAAGUGGCAGCUUGCUGAGCGGGACAAAGAGGUGUCUGCCCUUAGAAAUGAACUGGUACGAAGAGAGAAAACUGUUGAUAAACAGAGAAUGGAACUUGAGGAUGCUAUGAGGCACAUUGAAGAACUUCAAUAUGCACAGGCAGGUACAGGAAGAAAAGCAGAUGAUCACUUAAUAAUUGAAUUGCAACAAAGGAUCAGAGAUCUUCAGGAUAAGCUUGAUUCUGUUGGUGUGUAUGAGGCCACCCUCUCAGCUCGAAUUGCCACACAGGAUGAAAAGAUGGCAUCACUAGAGAACCAGAUUUUGAAUCCUCGUGAAGCAGUUGCUUCUCAUGGACUGAAGAGAUCAGAGGAAUUGGAGGUGGUGCGUGAAGCUAUCGAAAGUCUUCGAAGCUGUUUCAGACCACAUGAUCCACAUCACCACACCCUAGAUACAUUAGAACAGAGUGUAAUUGCGGUUCACUCUUCAGACCAACAAACUCACUCCUUCAAUUCUGAAACUGAAAAUGCAUCAAUUAACUCCAAGGGGGUGAAUGGAUUUGAACACAGCAAUGGAUACAAUGGCAAAUCACUUUCACAUCACCGGCAGCUAGAGAGUAAUGAGAGAGUUCAAGCAUCAGGAAUCAGCACCAAAGUGUUGUAUUUUACAGAGAAAAGUGUCACUCCUUUCCUUACAUCAAUACCUAGAAGACUCGGAGAAAUAACUUUAGGAGACUUCAAGGAAGCCAUUGACAGACCUGGAAUGUUCCGUUAUCACUUUAAAGCCUUAGAUCCUGAGUUUGGAACAGUUAAAGAAGAGGUGAUAGAUGAUGGAGACAUAGUACCAGGUUGGGAAGGAAAAAUUGUUGGCUGGGUUGAGGAUGAUACAGGACAAAAAGCUCUUUCUGGCUACCAAGACCAAAUGACGUGACACAACAAUGCAUUGAAGAAGACUAGAUUAACUGUUAUUAAUAAUAUUGUGUACAUCAAUUUCAAAUACGAUUAGGACCUUCAGCUGAGUUCCUGAAGCUGUCAACUUUAAAGUGUAUCUGUAAAUUGUAGCUUUGUUAUACUUUCAGUGCAACUAUUUGCUAAUUAAGCAUUGUAAAUUGAAAAGUGAGCCCUAAAGAUGGGCCCUUUUCUGCAUGAGCUCUGCCAUAGAGGUUGAAACUGAACCCUUUCUCUUAUUUAAGAAUUCCUUGUUUGGCUCUUUUUCUGUCAGUCAUAUUAAGUGCCUUAUUGAUGUACUGGUAAAUGUAGAGACCUCAUAAAGAAGGAAAUUGUACCUACUUCUUUCAUAAAACAGUAAAAAUGUUUAUGCCUCAUAUUAGUUGACAAAUGAAUAUAUUUAGUGGUUGUCCAUAAAUGGCAGAUAUUUUGUCUACACGAAAUACUCCGGUAUUGUGUGAUGACUUUAAAAUAAUUAUUGAAUUUGCUUAUUGUUUGGGUGAAAAGCUUGGCUUUUACAGGGUACAGAUAUGAAUGUGCUACAACAACUCAGUCAUCAGAUGGGAGAUUAUAUUGUUAUUAUGAAUAGUUAUCUGUAGAUAUCACUUCAAAUAUGCAUACAUGUGAAAGAGGUGUAAAGAAAUCAUGAUAUUUUUUAUUUCAAGUUUGACCGGAACAUAUACACAUCUGCACUUAAAUUUAAACCAAAGCCUUUCUGUGGGGAAGUUGUGAAGUUUUAGAUCUAGCCUACUCCAGGCAUUCAGUUAGUGAAACAGAGCAAAAUAGCAUAAUGGUAAUGGAGGAGUGAAAAAGUGAGUGGGGUUUGGGUCAAGUUGGGUAAAGAAUGUGACCGGACCCAGACCUCCCUCUCCUUUUCACUCAUCUGCCAUCAUACUAUACUGCUGUUUACUGUUACACUUUGUUUUACCAAAUGAAUAUUUGGAACAGGCUAUUUCAGAUCCAGUUAGAGUAAAAGAAAUUACAGUUUGGCCUUGCAAAUGGAGAAUUACAAUUAAGCAAUGUUGUUUCUUUUGCAUAGUGGCACAAUAUUACUAGUUGUGGCAAAGUUUGAAUUGUAGAGAUUAGAUGUUUAGAUAAGCUUCUCACAAAAAAUAUGUAAAUAUUUAUUGUCUAAAGGAAAUACAGAGGAUGUAAAAAAAGUGUGGUU